CUGACAUUUCUCGAGAAACAAAGAUUGGAAAGAACAAUAUUAUCAAGAUGCCUUACUAUUACGUUCUUCCUAUAGUUGAAGAUGAGCCAAAAGAAGUGGUCUACUCCGACUUCCGAUAUGAAAAGCCGGUAGCCUACAACUUGUUGUUGCCCUCCAUUCAUAGUAGUCGGGACGACAACGUGUUGCUGACAGAGGGCGACACGCAGGAAGCCGUGACAGCCCUCCUGAACUCCUGCAGGGACUCCGCAUCUUGGCCGUCCUCUACAUUCCUCCAUGGGAAUGAAGGUCAAGAAGAUCUUGCUGUUAAGUCAGAAAUUAAUAACCAAAGUUACCAAUGUAAGAAGAGUGAGACAUGUGACGUGAGACAAAGCAAUGUUGGAGAUGCUGCAAAGUCCGUCAAGUUGCCAGCGUACACCAAGGACAGAUCUCCUUUCUGGUCAUAUGAUGCUUCGGACCCCCAUAUAUUAGACGCAGCCAGGUCUCUGUUCUUCGAACGGAAGAGACAACAAGCCGUGUACGAGGCGUUCCCUUCCUGGUACAACCCCACGGGAGCUCCGAGGGUCCCUACUGACUACGAGCUCUUCGUCGCUUGGGCAAGCCUCUCCAGAUCGGACAAAAUGUCUUACAUAUCUGAGGUAAGCGGUAGCCAUGGAGUGAACCAGCUGCCUCACAACUCUCUGGAGAGUCAGAGAGCAGUCAGCGCCCUCUACACCUCCAGUUCUGACGCUUCCUCUUGGCCCUCCUUGCAGUACUCUCGUAGUAUGGCCCAACCUCCUCCUCCUCCUCUUCCUCCUCAGACUCAUCAUCUUCCUCCUCGCAUCAAUCCGCAGCUCCUCAAUCCUUAUAUUCAUCCAAUUUGAAAUGUAGCGUUUACUAUAGGAUAGACAAAUACUACACGAAAUAUAAUGUGUUAAAAUCAAAA